AUGAGUUCGGAGAACAAGUACCUUGAUGCCGAGUUCGAUGCCUUCAUGCAAGCUCUCCUUGAAAAGCAUCAUGUUCCAGGAAUGAGCAUCGGUAUUGUCGAUGGGGGGCAGGUGUUCACCAAGGCAUAUGGAUUCGCGCGUCUUCCGGACGUGCCUGCGACCGAUGAAACAUUGUACUUCACCGGGAGCACGACGAAGGCCAUGGUCGCUGCGGCUUUGGGCCGUGUGAUGAGCGAUGAGCCUGAGCAGCAUCAAGAGCAAAACGAGCCAGUGCGGACGCUACGGAAGCAUCGGUGGGCAACACCCAUUAGCCAGAUUCUACCAGACGACUUUGUCCUGGAGGAUGAGCGUGCUACUUCGGAGAUCACGAUCGAGGACGCCCUCUCGCACCGCACGGGAUUCUCGGGAGCGGAUAAUCUGUAUGGGCGCUGGAUGGGCACGGAGCCCAAAGGUAUCACAAAAGCCCUCAGGUUCUUGGGCGGACCUAACAAGUCCUUCCGGACGACAUGGCAGUACAACAAUCUGAUGUACAGCGUCCUGGGCGAUGUCUUGGAGACCACGACAGGGCUCUCAUGGGGGGCUGCCCUUCGCAAGCUCCUCUGGCAACCUCUGAAGAUGCUAUCGACUUACUGGACGGUCGAUGAAAUCCCGGAUGACAAAAGGGAGUCUAUCGCCCGAGGGUACUUCUGGGUUCCCUCAUCUUCCGUGGACGAUGGAAAAGGAGAUUUUAUACCGGAGCGAUACUUGGAUUUUGCUGGGAUCGCACCUGCUGGGUCCGUUGUCUCGAACGUUAUUGAUUAUGCCAAAUGGAUUAAAGCCCUCUUGCGGGCUGCCAACCAUCACGAAGAAACAAGCGAGACGCAGAAUGUCUCAUUCUCAGAAGAGGCGCCCACCGUCAUAACACCCACCCUGUUUGCGGAAUUGACAACCCCACGUAUGCUGCAGACGCUCCUCGCGCCAAUGAACAAGAACAGUCAUCUGACACCUCGGUCGUAUUCGCUCGGAUGGUCUAAUAUGUCAAGCACGAUGGGUCUCAAACAUCCUAUUGUUGCGCAUGCAGGCGGGCUGACGGGCUUUGGAACUCAGCUAUACUUGCUUCCGAACGACGACUUUGGGUGUGUGACGCUCGGUAAUACGACAAUCUCAAGCCACAAGGUUGGUGAAGCCGUAUCCAUCGAGUUCAUGGCGCGGAAGCUGGGGCUCUCGGGAUCGUCGAAAGCUGAGUUUUCCAAGUCUCUCAGCAUAUUCGACGCGCUCGACGAAUUGACCGCCCUGGCCGGCAAGGCAGCUGAGGUAAAGCCAUCUGAAGCAGCACCCGACGCUGAUAUUUCCCGAGGGGGCCAACUGACGGAGAGCCUGUGUGACGAACUGGUAGGCACGUACCAUCACCCGGCGUAUGGGUCGUAUCGCGUCUCUCGUGACCAAGGCCCCAAGCGGGACCGGGUCUUAUGCGGCUUUCAGGUCUCUGAAAAGGACAAACGAUAUCUCGAAGCACUCUGGAAUGAGAGGCAGACCUUAUAUGUAUUGCCCGUCGGCCAUCAUACAUGGGGUAACCAAUUUGUGCUACACGUGCGAGGCCCCGAGAAGAACGGUGAAUCGAAAGCAUCCACAGCAUCAGACGAGAAAAGUGUAGUCUUUUUGGACUUGGAGUGCCUGACUUUACAUGGGCAAGACCCCGACGAUACAAAGGGGGUGUCAUCAAGUCUACAAUGGCAAGUACCGCACGCAACAAGAACUGUCUGGGAAACCCAGAACUUCUGCCGCAGGGGGGCUGCCUUUACAGCCGUUUCGAAAGCUGAAGGGAGCACGAGCAGCUCUGCAUGGAAACUGGGUCUACGACUUGCAAACGAAUAUAUGGCGGCAGAAGGAUCUACCGAUGAGGGUUGGGAAUCCGAGAUGGCUUGGUUCACAAAAUAG